AUAUUUAGAGCACUUGCAGUGUAUGGAUGAGUUCUAGUUUUGAUAGUCUGAUCGAUAAUUACUUCGUUCUCUUUUGUUAAGGACUAUAUACUUGUAACGUGGAAGCAGACGUUCCUGGAAUAUAUUAUAACGGAACAGCAGAAAUGAAUAUAGAAUUGAAACAGAUGCCUGUUCUGGUGAUGCGGCCUAUCAGCACAGUUGUAGCGGAGACCGAAUCAGUUGAUAUCAACUGCCACAUCAGAAAUGUGGAGGAAGCAUAUUUUGAUUCAAAUGACACCAUGCUAAAGUUGUGCUUUGCCAACGGGACGGAAAUACAUAGGUUUACCGGAGACAUGUACAAUCAGUCUUAUCGAUUUGAUGGACGUUUCAGCGAGAAUUUUACGUGUGGGCUCGGAAACUGUACUCAAUUUGGGGUAUCCUCCAGAAUUACUGUGACGGGAAAAGAGACCACGUUAUGCCCUUCAGUCAAUAUAUGGCCCAGUACACUUUCAGAACACGACGCCACGGCCCCUUGUCCUUCCGGAUAUACAGGUACACAAAAAAGAACAUGUGGCAAAGACGGUAAAUGGGGGGAAAUAAAUGCAGAUACGUGUAAGCAAGAGAAGUUAGAGAAGUUAGAAAAUGCUUUGAACAUUUCGCCAAACAUCUCCGAAUCUAUGGUCGAAUCAUCUCUAUCAACUAUAUCUGAUAUCGUCAAUCAAACGUCCUCGCCUGGGGAAAAGGGCAUGGCAAGUGUGGAUAUCGUACAGAGCGUUAAUCUUAUAGCCAAGAUAUCACAGAAAAACAUCACAUUUACAGAUCAGAAGGCUGCUGAGAAAACAGCAGAGACAUUCAUGGGUGUUGUCAGUAAUCUACUGGGCACAGGAAAAGAUCACGUGACAACUAAGAACAAGACACAAGGGAAAGAAGUUACGGGUCAAAUAUUAUCGUCUGUGGACGGAUUUGCAAAGUCGGUAACGAAAGCUCUUACAGUGAAUCAGAGCGUAACAGUGAAGAGGGACAAUCUUUUGUUGAACAUCGAACGGAUUCCAAAACAGAAAAUAGUAUUUCCGAAAGAAACAGAAAAUGCAGUUGACGAUGGUACAAAGUUCACGUUACCAGAAGAUGCACUGGGAGACAUAACAGAUGUUGCAUUUACAGCUGUAAAAUAUGAUAAUUUUGGAUCGGAGCUUGAUACGGCAGGAAGUAGUAGGAAUUCAUCACUAGGCUCUAGCGUUUUAUCACUAACUCUGGAAAAUGUGAAAGAAAUUAUGAAAAAUAUCUCACUCACUUUCGAGCAAAAUUCCAGAAAUGCAUCAGUAAAUACCACGUCAGAGUGUGUCUUCCUAAAUAAACCAGAACACUCUUGGAACAAUACCGGAUGCAGUGUUCUUCAUUCCAACAGUUCAUAUACGACUUGUACGUGUAGCCAUCUGACCAGCUUUGCUAUAUUGAUGAGUGUAGACUUUGGUGAAGAUAAUAAGACACCACCACCGGAUGAUGAAAGGCUGACUAUGAUUUCUAAUAUCGGAUGCAGUUGCUCCAUCGUUGGCUCGUUGGCAACGAUUUUUAUUUACCUUUAUUUUUGGAGAUAUAUGAAAUCACGGCGUUCCGUCUUGAUUAUCAACCUUUGUCUGGCUAUGUUUAUCGCUUACAUGUUGUUUCUGUCAGCAAAGGACAGAACCGAAAACCAUAUUGGAUGUGUCGUUAUUGCUGCCCUUCUGCACUACUUCUUCCUGGCUAUGUUUUGCAUCAUGUUGGCGCUUGGGAUCGACCUUACAGUAGCUGUACUUGAUGUGUUCAAUUCCAGAUCAAGUUCUGCCUUUCUACUGCUAUUAGGCUGGGGUCUACCAGCUGUUAUUGUGGCAAUAACCUUGGGGGUAACAGAAACACGUGGAUUUGGAAAUAAGAAAGUUUGCUGGCUCGCGAGGACAACACGAUACGGAUUCAUUGUUCCAGCACUGGUUAUUAUUCUGAUAAAUUUUGCCAUUCUUGCUGUGGCAAUGAGAGCUUUGUUCUCUUCAUCAUUUAUGAUAAAGAAAUCAAUCAGAGAUAAAGCGAGGAGCGGAAUACGAGGAACAUGUGCGUUAUUACCUGUCCUUGGAUUAACCUGGGUAUUCGGAAUUCUCUACAUCGAUGAAAAUACGAUUAUUUUCGGGUAUCUGUUUGCUGUAUUUAAUUCAUUACAGGGACUGUUCAUUUUCCUAUUCCAUGUCCUGUUAAACAAUCAGGUUCGAAAAGCAAUAUCAAGAAAAAUACAGAAAUAUGAAUCAAGAUCACUAACAACAAAAUCAUCGAAAUAUAAGUCAGAAUCCAAAUCAAAUUCUAAAGAUCUGCACAGUGAAGAUGAGGUUAAAGAGUCCCAAAACAACUCCGGUGUGUUUCUUCUUCCAAGAAUUAAUGUGUCGAAUCCAGUUCGCCGAACAACAUACACAUCAUUUUAACUUCUCAAUGGCUAUGUUCUUCAUUUGUUGUCAAUUUCCUGAAUGAUACAUUCAUCUUUUUUGUUGUGAUAUGAACUACUUGUAAGCAGAUUUUAUAAAGAUAAAAUUGCUUAGUGGACGAUGCGUGUAUUUGCAUGAAUGUCGAAUACUGUUCGUAUACUAUAAGUCUGAACCCUCAGCUAUUCUACAUGUCUGUUUUACGUCCAUGUUGUAAUUCCUUAUCAGAUGUUUUGUUUAUAUGGACACCUCUGAUGCACAUAACAACUAAAUCAAGUACCAUAUUUGGUUUUUAAUUAUUCAAUUAUUUAUCUACUUUCUAUAGCAUGUUUUGUUGCAUUUUGUAUUUAGAAAAAUAUCACACAUAUACUUUUGCAUAAUACUGUUGUCUUAUUAAAACAUUGUAUAAAUUAAUAGAAUCACUCACAUUUCAAUGCGAAUUGAAAAUUUAUUUCAUCAUGUUUCCGCAAUUCUAGCGUUAAGAAGGGAGCAUUUUACUGACUAUAUAAUUGUGAUUAUGUCAUUUGUAAACAAAAUCAUGAAAAGGCGAUUUCCAUAGGCAUAACAAUUAUGAAGUCCUACAUGUACUGUCAAUUUAAAUGUGCAGGAUAUUUUAGUUACGAUUUACAGUGCAGUACAAAUAUGUAUUAUAUACGUUUAUUAUUGUAUUAUACAUUCAGUUUGAUUAAUGCACUUGUAGUGACCUUGUACUUAGAUGAAGACUUGCAUAGGCUCUGAUCGCUGCCAAAUUUGAUUAUGUCUCUCAUAAUGUAAUCUAUUUAAACUAAAUUCGUGUUGAAAAUUA